GCGGGGCGGAAGCGGCGGAGGCGGCCGCGGUUGUCCCGGGAACCAGCGCCGGGGCCUGCGGGGCCAUGGGCGAGCUGGGCCCGGACGAAGGGCCCGAGAACACGUACAGCCUGCGGCCCGGCCUGCAGCAGCGAUUUAAGUCAUCCACAGUAAAAGAAUGCAUCCAUACAAUACUGAAGGAGAAGCUGACCAACGUACAGUACAUCCCAGAAGAAAUUCCUGAGCUUACAAAGUCUUUAUCAGAGACAAUAAAAGACAGACUGAAAGAGGAGGGAUUUGACAGGUACAAGAUGGUGGUGCAGGUUGUCAUUGGAGAACAGAGAGGAGAAGGAGUGAACAUGGCUGCACGAUGUUUCUGGGAUGCUGACACUGACAGCUGUGCUCACGACGUGUUCAUUAACGACAGCCUGUUUUGUGUGGUGGCUGCAUUUGGCUGCUUCUACUAUUGAAGGUGACAAAGAUUGCACAGAAAGAUGGACACUGGGGAGAAUGCUUUGGAGUAUUUUUUAUUUAAGUGCACAAAAGCAUCAUAUUCUUCCUUUAGUACAUAAAA